UUUUUCAAAGCUUAUCACGAUUCACGACGCUUUGAAUGAAUUUUUCCUUCAAGAAAAAAAGUAUUUUUUCGAAGAAUUUGGCUGGAGAUGAUAACCCACGAUACCCUUUUCGCAUUGAUAACAUUGUCUGCUUGUGAGAAGCACUCCCCUGGGCCGGGGAGAGUCCCACAGAUUUAGUUAGUUUUUCGCUGAAAAAUGAAGGAGACGGUUCUUUUGGCGUACUCUGGUGGUCUCGACACCAGCUGCAUCCUCCUGUGGCUCCUUGAGAAGGGCUACGAGGUGGUUUGCUUGAUUGCCGACGUGGGUCAGGAUGAGGAUUUCGAAGCAGCUCGCCGGAAGGCGCUCAAAAUUGGCGCCAAGGAAGUCAUUGUGGCACGCGUGAAGAAGGAUUUUGUUCUCAACUACAUCUUCCCCGCUGUGGCCAUGGGGCUUCUGUACGAGCGACGCUACCUCCUCGGGACAUCCCUGGCACGUCCUUGCAUCUCCGAGGCACUCGUGGAGUGCGCCAAGGCGCGAGGGAUUAAGCUUAUUUCGCACGGAGCCACGGGAAAGGGGAAUGAUCAGGUGCGCUUUGAACUUUCGUGCUAUGCUUUGUAUCCGGAAUUCUCCGUGAUCGCCCCGUGGCGCAUCCCGGAAUUCUGUGAACGCUUCCAAGGGCGUGAGGAUCUUCUGGCGUAUGCCAAGGCCAAUGGGAUCGAGGUGGAAGCUACGCCCAAAGCUCCCUGGUCCAUGGAUGCGAAUUUCAUGCAUAUUUCGUAUGAAUCGGGAGUUCUCGAGGAUCCAGCUCACAUUGCCCCGGAGGAUCUGUACAAAAUGACUCGUGGCCCAUCAGAGUGGCCCGACAAGCCAACAAUUAUUGAGGUGGAAUUCGCUCGUGGAAUCCCCGUGGCUGUGAUCAAGGAUAAAGUUCGUACUGAGGAUCCUGUGGCCAUUGUUGAGCUCCUCAAUCGCAUUGGGGGUGAUCAUGGCGUGGGCAGAAUUGAUAUUGUCGAAAAUAGAUUUGUUGGUCUCAAGUCUCGUGGUAUCUAUGAAACACCCGGCGUAAAAAUCCUGUUCGAAGCUCAUCUGGAUUUGGAGCUUGUCUGCUUGGAUCGUGAAGUUUUCCGUGUAAAGUCCUUCAUCUCAGACCGUAUGGCGGAUUUCGUGUACAACGGCUUCUGGUUCUCCCCCGAAGGUACCUUUUCCCGGCAAUGCCUCCAGCUGUCCCAGGAGAAUGUCUCCGGAACUGUUACAAUGGAAAUCUUCAAGGGUGUUGCCCGUCCCAUAGCCCGCCGGGCCGUCCGAGGACUCUACAACGAAGAACUCGUCUCAAUGAAUGUUCACGGAGGCUACACCCCCGCAUCCGCAGGUGGAUUCAUUGAAAUCCACUCAAUUCGCCUCAAAGAAUUCAGCAAAGCUUUCGGCACGUACACAAAGUGAACAAAAAAAAAGGAAAAAACUCCCCGGAAUUUGCUUCAUCACUUUAUUUUCUCGCGAAAUCUGCCUUUAAAUAUUUUUUUUUAUACAAUAAUUGUCAAUCUAAACGCUAAAUUUGUAAUAAAUGGAACGUUUUCUUUUUUAAA